CUGCCAAGACGCCAAUCCCGGAAACAUUAAAACAGACGGAACCUUCCAGUCCUACUCCGCAUCCGCGCCUCCCUCUCCCCUCCCCGCACCCUUUGGUCUCGCACUCCGCAAACUAAACAAAACAGUUCGAAAAGGGAAAAAGAUAGGAGCCCCGGAAGAAGAGAUUAGAAAAGCAGGGAAGAUCGAGCUCGCUCUCACGGCAGCGCUAAAAAGCGGAGGAGAUGCAGGAGAGUGUGCUCUCGGCUCGGCGGUCUCCGCCGUGCCCGGAGGAGGAGGAUGGCGACGAUGAGUCCAAGAUCCGUAAGCACGCCUCGUUCGCCUCCCGGAUCUCCAAGAACGCCCGCCUUGGCUCCGGCUCCCACUGCCUCGUCGUCUCCCUCUCUCUCCUCCUCCUCCUCGUUGUCGCCUGCUUCCUCUUCUCUCGCUCGCGCCCGGUGAUCUGUGUCUCCGCCCACGAUUCCAUUGCUCGCAACGCCCUCUUUGGGGCCAACCUCGAGGGCCUCGCCACCGAUUUCGGCUCCCUCGGCGUUCCCUGGUGCAGAUCGAAACAUGGCAAAACAGUAGAGUGGACGACAAAGGAUCUACUCAAAGGCUUGGAAGAGUUUGUGCCGAUCUAUGAGACCCGUCCGAUCAAGAACAACAAGUUUGGGAUGGGCUUUGACCAUAGCUUUGGACUCUGGUUCAUGGUCCGUUGGCUCAAGCCAGAUCUGAUGAUUGAGAGCGGUGCAUUCAAGGGGCAUUCUACAUGGGUCCUUCGACAAGCAAUGCCAGAGACAUGGAUUAUAUCGCUUUCUCCUCGACACCCGGAGAAGUAUCUAAAGAAGGGGCCGGCCUAUGUUGAUGCGAACUGUACUUACUUUACUGGCAAGGAUUUUUUGGAUUUUGGAAGUGUCAACUGGGCGAGUGUUAUUAGGAAGCAUGGGAUUUCAGAUCUCAGCCGGGUGCUGGUAUUCUUUGAUGAUCACCAGAAUGAGCUGAAGAGAUUAAAGCAGGCACUAAAAGCUGGAUUCCGACAUCUAAUAUUUGAGGAUAACUAUGAUACUGGAACUGGCGACCAUUAUUCCUUAAGGCAAAUAUGUGAUCAAUCUUAUAUUAGAGGUGGUGGGCAUAGCUGCUUCAGAGAGAGCGAUGAGGCAAGAAUAAGGAUGAAAAGACAAAAGUUCUGGGAGAAGGCUGUGGACAUCGAUGAACUUUGUGGGAAGGGAGAAGCAUGGUGGGGUGUUAGAGGAUACAUGCGAGAUGAUUUUAACCACAGCAAUAAGGCAAUAUCGUAUGCAGAACAUUUUCAAAACAGCAGGUUUGUGGAGUCAGUGUUGGAUGUAUACUGGGAGCUCCCACCAGUGGCUGGUCCCUCCCUUACCCAUCAAACUAGAUAUGACCCUGCUCGUGCACCUGAUCCAAUUAUUGAAGAUGGAAGGUAUGGUUUAUUUCAGAGGCUUGGUCUAGCAAGACUUGAAAACUCAGUAUUCAAUGGAUAUACACAGAUGGUAUAUCUUCAGAUAUCCACGCCCACCUCUUAAGCAUAUGCAGGGAUUUUGAAGGGCAUCAUCAAGGCCUUUUGCUCGACAACUCUACCUUGUAACUUUUCCACUUUAUUUCCUGCCGGAAGUUAACGAAGGGAUGCGUGCACUAUUUAUGGAGAAGGUUAUGAUUUGAAAUUCCUCUGGAGCACUGAGGUCUGUUGAGCUUUUUGAAUUUUGUUGGCAUUCAUGAUGCAUGACUUGGAAGCUCAUUGAGCUACUUUGGUUGGACCUGGUAUUUGGUAAUCAGUAUUGUGCCGAUAUAAACGGCAACACUGUCCUGUCCCUCAUAAUGAGGAGAAACUUCACUAGUGACUGCCUACAGAAAAGGCGUCCGAGAUGAGAGAGAUGGCAAGGCUCUGUUAGAGGAAGAUUGCAAGAAUUUUACCUUUUGUGAUUCCUUUUACACAGAGAGAUGUAUAGACUUAAUUGCUUGAUUGAGAGCAAAAUUGAGGA